AAAAAUUGAAGGCAGACAGUCUUGUAAAUAAGGGGUACACGGUCUUGUCAGUCCGGCGGCAGCAGCAGGCAGUGCCGAGCGUGAGCGGAGACGAUGGGCGGGCGGACCAUCUCCCAGCAGGCCUUCGAUGCCCUCGUGACCGAGAAUAUGGACGACCUCGGCAUGGACCCCGAUGAGGCCCUCCAGGACGCCAUCCAAACCCUAACCCUCCAGGGCGUCGACCUCUCCGGGAUCAUUAAGUGCCUUCCUGGAGUAAAAAAUGUAAAGGACAAUCCUGUCAUACAGUCACUAGAUGAGCUGAAGAACAUUGCUGACCAUUUGGUGGUGUCCAAGUCAGAUGAUCAGAGGGUUGUUACUGCUGAUAAGACUCUGGAUUUUGACAAGCUGGUUGUGCUUCUUGACAAACUAUACGACUUGUGCUCUGUUGAGGGAUCAGAUAAUGCUUCCAUUGCAACCAGGAAUGGAGGAGUGGAGCUCCUAACUUCUAUAUGUUCUUUGCUUCGUGUCAAAUUUGAGAUGCCUCUUCUUUCAGCUUUGAAAGCAAUGAGUUCCCUUCUCCACGACUUUCAAAGCACGGAGACAUUUUGGCAUAGUGGUGGGCCUGCAAUUCUGAUGGAUAUCCUAAAUGGAAGUAAAAGUUCAAACGUUUUGGAUAGUGGUUUUGCUGUCAUUGCAGCGGCAUCAACAGGUAACGAAAUUCUCAAGGAAGCAUUCAUCGACUUAAAAGUUGAUGAGCUAUUUAUACAAACAAUGAGGGAGCAGGCUAAAGGCAGUAUGCAAAGCUUAUAUCAUGCCAUAUGUUCCCUUUUAACACCAGAUGACAACCGUGUUUUGGCUUCUCAAGUCUAUGGAUAUGCUCGAAGAUUUGCUCAAAUUGGUAUUGUAGAUGCUCUUGUUGAUGCACUUCGUGAGGGAAUCAGUUCAUCCAGUUUGGCUUCAGCAUGCUCUGCUUUAAAGGCUCUUGCUGUUAAUGACGAAAUUUGCAAAUCUAUAUCUGAAAAUGGUGGCAUUGAUGCAACUCUCAAGUGUAUAGAUGACAGCAGUGAACAUAACGACAAGAUUAUAGCUAGAGCAUGUUGUUCUUUGAUGUCUAAGCUGGCCGGAAGUGAUGCAAACAAGAAUGCUAUUGUUCAGAAGGGUGGUCUGGAUAGAUUAAUGAAACUAUCUUCCAGAUUUUCUGAAGAUCCAUCAGUUCUACAGGAGGUUAUGUCUAUUGUAACUGUGCUUUCACUAAGAUCCCCAGAGAAUGCAGCUCGUGCAAUAGAAGCUGGAGCUGGAGAUUUAGCUAUCCAAGCAAUGAAGAAGUUUCCUGCUUCAUAUCAAAUGCAAAGACAAUCUUGUCUUAUGAUUCGCAAUCUUGUGGUUAGGAAUCCAGAAAACAGGACCCUUCUCCUUGGUAAUGGCAUUGAGAAGCUCAUAAGGAAGGCCAAGGGAAGCCACGAGAUUUGCAAGGAUGCUGCAACUGCUGCACUGAGGGAUCUGGGUCUGAAUGACUACAAUGCAUAACCUGCAUCCGUUAGCAUGUCAGAUUACAAUGUUUUUUCUUCUUUUGCCCUUUACUCAAAUAUGCCAUACUGGAACUGGUGGCUUCAUUGUUAUGAACAAUGCAUCUUGAGUUCUUUAGAUCAAUUGGCUGCAUUCUGGUAUCAUUCCUUUUCAUAUUAAGAAAGCAUAAUAUUUCCUUGGUACUUUCUUAAGAAAGAGUGGUUUUUGUAAACUGUAAGAACACCAUUUGAAGGACAGUCAGAUUUGGGGGAAAUUGAAACAUCAUUGUUUCACUA